AUGCCCAAAAAAUUUAGCCCUCAGUGUCGUUGUUCGUGUUUGAAGAGAGCCGUGAAAAAUCUCAGCAGCGAGACGCUCGCCGAGGCAGACGAGGAUGGCAUCAUCAACGUCAUCGGCAGCAACUUUUUGUCGGAACGCAAUUUGAUUCGAAGCUCCUCCUUGUCACCGAAACUAUCAGCAUCGGAGCCCAAUAUAGCCUACAGCGUCAACUACGACGAUCUUUGCGGACCCUGGCCCUCACCUGAUAACCCGGUGCUCGAGCAGUACGACGAUGCCACUCUUAAACCCACCCUCUGCACUUGGAAGUUCAUAACAAAGCGGGACGCCAAGUGUAUGAGAGAACACAUGUUCGACAGAGAUGUCAUCAAACGAUUAAUCGAAAAAAAGUUACCCGAUCACGUUUUGUUUCAAGGCGAUGGAAAAGAGAUCUUUUUGAGCUUCAGUUGGGAGAUUUUUAAAUACAUGAGAGAUAACGAAUUUUCCGGUGAAGCGAUAUCCUCGAUAUUGGGCUUAUUUUAUUUAACUCACCGAUUUUUUCUCUCCGAUCGUUGGCACUCGGCUCGCGAGACUUUUAACUUCUUUAUCCAUGGAGUGGAGCUUCAUACCCGCUUGAAACCCCCGGAUCACGACUUGGUUCUCAAUUUUGCCGAAUGUGACAAGUUACGUGACAUGUUUCGGUCCGUGUACAUCCGAAAGUUAGAGCUUGUACGUGCGGUGUGCCUACCCAGGUAUAACUUGGUACUUAAAAUUAACAAAAAGUGUGGCGUGAAACAGGAAGACGAUACAUGCGUAUAUAACUCGCUUGAAUCGCGCAACUCCAAGCAACAGCAAGUGUAACCAUUAUUUGUUUUUUUUUUUUUAUAAAAAAAGUUAUAUUUCAUAAGUAUAUAUUCACU